UCAGCCAGUGUGGUUUCCAACUCCCCACAUUUCUCCAGGAUGUCUCUAUAAUCUCCAUCUUCUAAGCCUUGAAUAUCAUAUUCAGGUUCCUUUUUGUAAAGAAGAUUUUCCCAUGCAUUUGCUAUGGUUAUUUGUUUCACUUCAUCCCAACUCUUUGCCCAGUUAAAAAUUGCACUUUUUAUGUUGUAGAUUUUAAUCUUGGAAACUCCUUUUUCUCCUUUAUCUUGCUCAUCAUCACUUUCUUCAAAAAUUACAAGACUCUCUUCAAGUUGCUUCCACCUAUAAAGUCGUUUGCAGCUCAAGAUCACACCUUGAUUCAUUGGCUGAAUCAAGGUUGAAGUGUUAUGGGGAAAGAACAUGCAUUUUAUUCGACCAUCCUCACUGGUUAGUGAUUCGGCAGAAGAGUGAACUGGAGAACUGUCCAGAAGUAACAAGGCCCUGACAUCCUCUUCAUGGAAUCCUAAAACACUAAGUUGAAAAUGCCUGACCUCGGGAACAAAGUUUUGAAAGAACCAUUCUGAAAACAAUUCUCUGGUGAACCAAACAUCUUUACUAGGCUUAUAUAUCACAGUGUUUUAGGAAGAAGAUCCUUUUAUUGAUUUUGUUCCAGAACUGACUGGGUCUUAUUUGCCAAAGGUGGUGCUGCUGGAGUAUCCAACAAAGGAGUAAAACUGUUCCUGCAGCAGAAUAAUGAUGGUAGAUCUGAAGGUGGCUGACUAUUUGAACCCUCAAAUUAGGGUUCUGUGGGAGAGCAAGGGGCCUGUGAUAGAGAGUUCCAGUCACAAUAAGAAAUAUACCGCACAAACGGACAGUCUCAAUCCUGAAAGCUCUCGCCAGCACUUCCGGAAUUUCUGCUAUCACGAAGCAGCAGGACCCCGUGAAAUUGUUGGACAACUUCAGGAAUUAUGUCGUCAGUGGCUGAGGCCAGAGCUCCACUCAAAAGAGCAGAUCUUGGAACUGCUUGUGCUAGAACAGUUUGUGACCAUUCUACCCAGGGACACCCAGAGCCGGAUAAGGAAGGACCAUCUACAGAGCAUUGAGGAGGCUGUAGUCCUGGUAGAACACUUGGAGAGGGAAUCUGGUCACACGAGGAAUGGGGUUGCAGUCCAAGAGCUGGGAAAGGAGGCAGUGAUCUUGGGAGAAACAGCAGAAUCCCAGCCAGUGGGAAUGGCCCAGGAUGAAGAAUUCUGGAAUACAUACCAGGGUCUGCAAGAACAGCUGAGCAGGAAUAUUCAUAAAGAAACUGAGCCUCUAUGUGAGAGGGCUGUGCCUGCUCACCAGAUCGUAGCAUUUCCUGUGCAGACAAACACUAAAGACUGGACAGUGGCACCCGAGCUCAUCUUGCCUGAGUCCCAGAGCUUGUUGACAUUUGAAGAAGUGGCCAUGUAUUUUUCCCAGGAAGAAUGGGAGUUACUGGAUCCCACUCAGAAGGCUCUCUACAAUGAUGUAAUGCGGGAAAACUAUGAGACUGUCAUCUCUCUAGCAUUAUUUGUGCUCCCCAAACCUAAAGUGAUCUCCUAUCUAGAGCAAGGGGAAGAGCCGUGGAUUCAAGGGCCCUUGGAGUUCAAGAACAGCCCUGGAGGGCUGCCUACAGGGUUAAAGGUCAAAACUGACACUGAAAACCAUCAGCCUGUGUGUCUUUCUGACUUAGAAAUACAAGCACCAGGAGACAUAGUAUCAAAAAAGACCCGAGUGAAAGUUCCCCAGAAAACAACAGGCAAAGAAAAUCAUGGUGAUACACACAGGAUGGGGAAGUGGCACCGAGAUUUUCCCGUGAAGAAAAGAAAGAAACUUUCAACCUGGAAACAAGAGCUGCUAAAACUUAUGGAUCUUCACAAGAAAGCUCGUGCUGGAGAGAAGCCAUUUAAAUGCCAGGAAUGUGGGAAAAGCUUCAAAGUUAGCUCUGACCUUAUUAAGCACCAAAGAAUUCACACUGAAGAGAAACCAUAUAAAUGUCAACAGUGUGAUAAGAGGUUUAGAUGGAGUUCAGAUCUUAAUAAGCACUUAACAACGCACCAAGGAAUAAAACCAUACAAAUGUUCCUGGUGUGGGAAAAGCUUCAGUCAAAAUACAAAUCUACAUACGCACCAAAGAACUCACACUGGAGAGAAGCCCUUUACGUGUCAGGAAUGUGGGAAAAAAUUCAGUCAGAACUCCCACCUUAUUAAACAUCGGAGAACCCACACAGGUGAGCAGCCAUAUACUUGUAGCGUAUGCAGGAGAAACUUCAGCAGGAGGUCAAGUCUUCUUAGACACCAGAAACUCCACCGCUGAAUGGAAGUUUAUCCAGUGUCCUCAUUCUGAAGAAAUUCACAAAGUAGAGGUUGACCCUGAGAUUUAUGAAAAAAUACAAAAUUAUGAAGUAUAAAUAACUCUUCACCAGAGGAAAAUUUGUUGAUACAAACAUAUUUCACAGAAAGGAAUCAAGGUUGACUCUGCAGGGAUCUCUGUAAGUAGUUUUGUACUACUUACAUUUUUACACGUAACCUUUGGGGAAUUCCUUAGCAAGAAAGGUGCUGAAAGAACAUUCUCAGUAAGGGAAACAUUUUUGCAACUCUACCUGGCAAAAUAGCAAAUUCAGCUUUAAAUGGCAGAUGCAUACAUGAAUCAGUCUUUUAUGAUCACAGAGGGUAAAUACUGUUGGCUUUGCAUUGAAUUCCCAUCCACUUUUAAACACAUUGAUAGAAACAUUUGUAGCCUGGUCUUUCAAAAGAAAAAGCAAUAACCUGCAUGUUUAAUUGGAUACCAUUGCCUACAGGGUAGUAGGCUUACCAAUUUCAAGAGCCCUAUGACACAAAAAUGAGCUCUGUUGUCAAAUUUUCCAAGAACCAAAUUGGAUUUUCUUCCUUUCCCUUGUCAUUGGACACUGUUCCCACCGUUUGGACAUCAUUUGAGUUCAUUCUUGAAUAUUUUAGCAACUUUAGCUCUUGAAUCCUUUUAGCACCAUUUUUACUGUGAUGAAAUGGUAUUUACUUCACCACUAGGGAAUCUGCCAGAUAAAGUAAAAAUGCACUAUCUUAUACCUCAUUGGUGGUGUUUGAAAAAGAUAAACAUCUCUAAUGAGAUCAUAUGAAAACGGGUUGGAAUGUUUAGCCAUGGAUUAUGUAUUACAUGUAACGAAUUUUUUGCAAUAAAAGAAACUAGUCCUUAUAAUCUCAGUAUGAUAAAAGAUAGCACUUUCUUGAGGCCUAAAAGAAAAUUAAUGGAAGUUCAGAUGAACUUCUCACAUUUUUAUUUGCUUUUUUGUUUGGCUUUAUUUUUAAGAAAAAGGGCAGAGUUUAGGAACUGGAGUGUGUGCUGCAGGCAGGAUGUGGUUCACUGAAUGUGGCAGAAGACUGGGUUCCCAAGAGGAAAGGUUUGGGAACUGAUGUUGACUGGUGGACAAGGAUGGGUGAAUCUGCAUUCAUGUUGGUUGUGUUACACUGCAAACUAUUAUUAAGCAGGCAGGGUCUGCCUAUCUCUGUUUUGUACACAGCAUUUAACAACAGCCUUAGCUGAUAAAUGAUAUAGAUGGCUGAACAUCUCUCCGGGCUGUGGAUCUUCUUAGAACUCCUACCUACAGCAGUGACAUGUGUUCCUGUUAGAGCUUUUAGGUUGUAUCAAGAAGGGGUUGAAGGGGAUUAAAUGAUUUCUCCCAAAUACCUUAUAAACGAUGAAGUUAAGGCUCAGAUACGGGACUUGUUCAAGACCCUAUUGCUAGUGGGUCCGUUGGCUGCCUGCUAGCUGCAUCAGGGAGGUCUGAAGGCAGGGUUAGCAGGAUGUGUACGUUAUCCCUGCAGGACCAGGCUGAAUGACAUUGUGUUGUAUCUACUUCUAACUUACAAAACGUUCUUGUGGCUUGAUUGGUUCCCAAAACACUUAGAUCUCCAUGUGUUCUGUGCAAGAGAGAAAACUAUUUCAACUCAGGGUUAUUCUAGGGACUAGAGGGAUUGGUGAAUGAAAAGCACCUCACAGCCUGGCCAGUGGUAGAUGCUCAAUCAGUGUGCAUUUGCUUCCCUUUCCCCUGUUCCCCAGUGAUGUGCUGGGCAGACUGACUGCAGUAAGGAAGCAGUUGUGUUUAUGGCUAUUUUCAGCUCCUUUUAGGAGUUGUGCACUGCUGGUGGUGAUGUUGCUCAGUUGAUUUGGUCCUUGGCCUCAGUACUUUAUGGUGUAAGUCACCUGAGCUGUGGAUCUGGUGCUUUCAGCAGGAUUUUGUUUUCCUCCCCAAGAUGAACAAUACCAAGUAUUACUUCUUAGGCAGAGCCAACUUUAAAAGCUUUCGUCUGCAUAGCUUUUACCCAUCACCCUCAUCCUUAGGCUUCGGGUACUCUGUCUCAUCCCAGGAUACAUGCGGACAACUUCCUGGUGCUACAUUCAUUCAAUUUCAUGGGGGCCUCUUACGUGCCCAGGAACUGUUUUGUCUAGACUGAGAAUAUAGUGGUGAAUAAAAGAGCUAAAGAUAGACCCUCACAGGACUUACAGUCUAGUGAGGAGUAUAAAGAAGACUGGUUAUAGUUUUCUGCUUGCAGUUUAGGGUCUCAUGAGAUAGUUGAAGGUAAUGGGUUGUGAGCAGAAGCCCCACUUCUGGGCUGAAGCCUUUGUUUGUUUGUGCAGGACUCUGUGGUGUCCUUCCUGCCUCAGUCAUGAAAGUCCAGCAGAAACUGGGGCCACAAGGUCAAAGUAGUCUGGAAUGCUGAGCCCUCCUCCCCACCUCCCCCCUCCAUGGAGAGCAGUUGUCCUAAAGUCCCCCAGACCUGUGAUGGACUUUAUGGGAAUGAGAAAUAAACUUCUGUUAAACUAUUGA